AUUCGCCAGCCUCCGGAAGCAUCUACCUACGACCAUGGGCGUCUGCUCCAGCUCCGAGUCCGCAGCGCACCCGCCCCGCCCGAUCAUCUCCGACGUCAACACGGGCACGGGCACCGGCCACAACCCGCGCCCGACCGGCCCGCAGCCCACCGGCCCGGUGCGCCCGCCGGUCAAGCGCGAUUCCAAGGAGAUCCCUGUCGGCGGUGGCACGCCGCCGUUGGACGUCAACUGGCACAACUACGACGAGCUCGUGCCCUUGAAGAACACGUACUGGAUCAACGCCGACGACGUGACCCGCAUCCGGUCGGUCAACUCGAACUACAUGAAGACCGAGAUGGGCAACCUCAAUGGCCACCCCGUGCUCAUCAAGAGCUUUGACCUGACCAAGUCGCAGGAAGAGAUCAACAAGACGCGCAAGAUGCUCAUCUCGGAGGUCACGUCCAUGACGCGCAUCAGCCACCCAAACAUUGUCAAGUUUCUCGGUUUCAACAUCACGCCCGACUAUGGCCUCUGCUGCAUCUCCGAGUACAUGGACGGCAAGACGCUGCGCCACCUCCUCGACAACCCGCGUCAGGCGUCCAAGCUCUCGUGGGCCAACGAGAAGAUCUCGAUCGCGAUCGAUAUUGCGUCGGCGCUCGCCUACAUGCACUCGCUCAAGCCCGUGCUCAUCCACCGCAACGUCAAGGCGGCCAAGAUCCUCCUCACGUCCAAGAAGACGGCCAAGCUCAGUGGCUUUGGCGCUGCCCGCGACCGCACGUUCGAGUACGAAAUGACGACGGGCGUUGGCGACAUGCAGUGGUCCGCCCCCGAGCUCCUCCUCGACGGCGAAGACUACACCGAGCAAGUCGACGUCUACUCGUUCGGCGUCGUCCUCACGGAGCUCGACACGGGCGACGUUCCGUUCGUCGAAGAGAUGGCGACGAUGACCAAGGCCGACAUCACGAUGAAGCUCGUGACGGGAGCGCUCCGGCCCAAGCUCUCGCCCGAGUGCCCGCCGUGCAUCGUACGCAUCGUCAAGCAGUGUCUGCAGCAGGACCCGCUUCUGCGCCCGCGCAGUGACAAGAUCCUCGAGCUCCUCAAGCAGGCGCAGCAGACGCUCCAGCAGCAGCCGUAAUCGAUCCCAUGGUAGGAUCGAUACCUUUAACGUAUAUAUGAUGAUUAUACCUCUACUCG